AUGGCCCUCGCUGAAUCUGAUACGAAGCCCAGGCUCCCUAUUGAGUUAAUCGGCCUUAUUAUCGCAUCCCUCGCAAAUCUCAGUCAGGCAGAAGACAACCGAUUGUGCCAUCUCCAAGCCUGCUCCCUCGUAUCGUGGGCAUGGAACGACCUCUGCCGGCCCUAUAUCUUCUACACUCUCACAAUUCAUCGGCUGGACAAUACCAUUCGGAGGCUCUCGUUCCUCCAUUUCAAGGCGCCCCAUCUCAGCAAAUACAUCCACGAACUCUCCAUCUUUCCGGGCAGCAAUGUUCCCAAGCUCCCCAAGUGGAUCCCGAAAUGCUUCCGCCGCCUAACAAAUCUGCACACGAUGGAUGUCGUCGGUGGCGACCUUGAUACCUCGCCCACCCCCUCUCCUAUGGCAACCACAGCCCUGCUCAUCAAAUUCGUCCCCUAUCUUCGCAAGUUGUCAUUAAACAGCAUCACAUUCAUAGACGCUUCGCAUCUCAUUGACUUUCUUCCCUCCCGCACACUCGAAGAGCUGAGGAUCGUGUAUACCGAGGACGACUUCACCGACGGCUACCCCCAGACCAAUGGUGCGCAAUCAGUUGUGCGCUUUGACGCGCUCCGAACGCUUGCCGUCGAAACGGCUUUCCCUGUGCUCAGAUAUGCGACUCCUAUGGCGUGCCCUAACCUCCGCUCCUUCGCCGUGCAAUGGAAUGGCCGGAGGCGCUGGAAGCUCCCGCUAUGGAUUCCCGACAGCUUGUCAGAACUGACUGUACAAGUGAACCUGGCGCAUCGCAUCCGUGGUGCGCCUAAACUCGGCACCACGAUCCGGCCCUCUGUGCUCCGGAUUGUCGCUGUGCGAUGCAAUAAAUACUUGAAUGCCUUCCGUCUGAUCAAGGCGUGCGUCGGCAGCCUCCCCUUUCCUGGCCUCGUCCGCGAACUCCCAAUGAGCAUCGCAAUCCACGACCCCAAGGAAAACCGCGCGAUUUUCCCACAAGCAUGGGACUAUGAGGUCUUAUCCCUCUGUCUACAACAGCUCUACGCCCACGGAACACUCGGAAGGGCCGUCCUGGAAAUCAAUGUGAGAGGCAUGAUCCCCAAAGGCUUCUCGCUGGAUGAGAUCAUGGCACGGGAGUUGGCAAAGGUAAACGAGGGGUUCGCGGGGUUGCUGGCAACGAAUGUGCUAUAUGUUGACUUUGACCUGACGUGUUGGAAUGAUAGCGGGGACAAAGUGUCUGUGCAUUUUAGUUUACCCUGA